AUGCUUGUGCUUUCUCUUCUUGCGACCAUCAAUGGUUUCACGCUGACAGGGGAAAACAGAUACGGAUCCAAGACUUCUUUCUUUGGUGGAUUUGGUUUUGGCGAGUCAAGUACUCCGUCAAAAUCAAGGAAAAAGAAGAAGAAAGGAAAACGACUCACCAACGAGCUAAUACCGAACAAGGAUACGAACGAUGUAUUUUCCAUGACACAGGAAGCACUCGGACCAGAAAAGAAGGUCGACAAAUGGGGUUUGCCCAUCCAAACUGAAGAUGAAAUCAUUGAGGAGCUAUUCCCGUCAAUGUCAAAAGAAACAGAAAUGAUUCCAGUCGUUUCAGGAAAAGAAUACACACUACCAGAAAUCCAGGAUUGUCUCGGAAAUCAAAUUGAUUUAAAUCUCGGGCGAUUUUUCGAUGAGAAUGGAGCUGCUACACAGUCGAACGCUGCGAAGCCGAUCCAAUUGAAGCUCUUGCAUCAAUCUCCGCCAGUUCUGGCCAUCGAUAAUCUUUUCUCUGAUACAGAGUGUGAAGAGUUAAGGAAUGCUUCAUUAGUUGGCCAUGAAGUAUCAUCUGCAACAUUUACUGGAUCUUUGUCAACCCGCACCUCCACAUCCUGGUUCUGCAACUACGCAGAUGUGCCACUAUUAUUGGCCAAGGUGAACCAGUAUUUGAACAUUCCAUUGGAGUUAAUGGAGGAACCACAAAUUGUUCGGUAUCAAAAAGGGGAAGAAUUCUCAUGGCAUUAUGACGCAGUUCCGGAAAAUGCCUUGGAAAAUGGAGGGCAAAGAUUGGCAACUCUUCUUGUUUAUCUUACUGAUAUUGCAUCAGAAGAUGGUGGAGGGACAAUGUUCCGUGACCUAAAAUAUGAUUCAGAACCUCUUUCAAUGCAACCUAAAGUGGGCUCGGCUCUCUUAUUUUUUCCUGCAAAAAGUGACGGAACGCCCGAUGCGCGCACAUUGCAUCGAAGCGAAGUCAUGACUGGAGAUGAAGAGAAGUGGAUCAUCCAAAUGUGGAUUCAUGAGAGAGAGUAUAAGGCUGUUCUUCCAAUUGGCAACUCCCAUGAGUUGGCCGGUGACGGGGUUCGAAAGACUAUUGUGAAGCUUGGGCUAGCGGACGACCAAUAG